UCAGACUAGAAACUACGACGGGCUGCGUGCAUCUGACUGAAUAAAACAGAAUUAACAUGAAAUCACCAUUACAUGGACUACUUCUUUAUCUCCUUUACGGAGCGUUUUCUCGAUCCCAGUCUACCAAACAAGUAGUGAAAAAGAAACUGGGUGACUCCUUCACCUUCCCAGAAAAAAUUCCUGAAACAGUGCUUCUUACAUUUGGCCCAGGUGUCAGCUAUUCCACCGUGGCACGCAUACAUCAUUUCAUCUUAACUAACAUCUAUGAAGAAGGAUUCCGAGGUCAUCUACACGUGGACAGCGCUAACCGUUCACUGACAAUUACUGAUCUUCGGCUCAAUCACACUGGGACUUAUAAGCUGGAGCCUAACCCUAAACGUUAUGAUAUUGAAGUAUAUGCGCCCGUGUCGACUCCUGAAAUAAGCCUGGUCUCAUCCGAAAUUGGCAGCUGCACGUUCAACUGCUCAGUGGAAAAUGGAACACAGGUGUCCGUGUCCUGGUACAAAGGUGACAUUCUUUGGAUUAAAAAGAGUCCCGUCAGCCUGACACUCAAGUUGGAGGAGACAGAAUUCAAUGAUCCGUUCACCUGCGUGGCAAGGAAUGACGUGAGCGCGGAGAACAGCACGGUCAUGGCACACACCAUCUGCGAAGGAUCAAAAAAGGAAAGUCACGUCAUCAUUCCUGCUGUCAUGGCUGUGAUCGCUUUGCUGGCCGUCACCCUACUGAUCUUUUAUAUUAAGCGGAACAUGGAACCCAAAGAAGACGGAACAAACUACAACUUAGGAAAAGUAGAAAAUGACGGUGAGGAUGCCUCUGUAUAAGCGUCCAUUCCAUCUCCUGAUGAAUGAAGGCGUCACCUUCGACUGUCUCCCCCAAACCAGCUUAUCUUCUUGUUCGACUUCCAAAUUAUAUCCACUGGCCAGAGCAGAAGUCAAUGUUUGUGAGCUUUCAAUCAAGCAAAGUGGAUCACCUAGAUGGACAGGAUAUGCCGUUUAUAAUGAACUUGCUCGAGACCGGCUUUUAUUUUUUUUAUGCAAUUGCCAUUUUCCUUUUUUUUACCUUCCUUUACCAGACGCAUACUGAUGCGGCCUUUCUCUGAAUCACAAACAUAGUGCCUUCAGACCACUUUGACUUUUGUUAUAUUUUGUUCUGUCGCAGUCUUGCAUUAAAAUUAUUUUAAUUCAUUUUUCUUUCUCAUCACACCCCAGAAUGACAAAGCAGGAAUUUGUGCACAUGUUCCAAUCCUGUUGACACCGAGUAUUCAGACCCUUUGCCAUGGCUCCGGUGUAUCCCAUUCCAUUGAGACGUUUCUAUACCUUGCUUGGAGUCCACCUGCGGUCAAUUCAACUAAUUGGACUGAUUUGGCGACUCACCACACCUUUCUAUGUUUUUUCCCAAUAAUUCCUCGAUUUAUAACAAUUGUUCCUUACCAUUGGAAUAAACCCUCCUUCCUUGUGGGGCUUUUGUGAA